AUGAUUAAAAUGCGCGAGGACCCAAUAGAUUACAUCCCUGGUGUCCAGUCGAUUGAUCCAAAGGACAUGAUGUCGUAUCUCCAAGAGUCGGAUACAUCAACGGUGUGCCACCAAAUAAUCUUCAGUGCAUUCAAAGAUGUCAAGGCUGCAGAUUUUGUGCUGUGCAACACCAUACAAGAGCUUGAACCCAACACCAUAUCAGCUCUACAGACCAAAAUGCCAUUCUUUGCUAUUGGACCCAUCUUCCCAUCUGAGUUCACCAAAAGCAUUGUGGCUACGAGCAUGUGGUCCGAGUCUGACUGCACCCAAUGGCUCAACUCUAGGCCUCAUGGCGCAGUUUUGUAUCUGUCAUUUGGUAGCUAUGCUCAUGUUACAAAAAAUGAUCUGACAGAGAUAGCCAAUGGUUUAUUGCUUAGUAAGGUUAGUUUUAUUUGGGUGCUUCGGCCUGAUAUCGUGAGCUCUGAUGAUGUUGAUCCACUGCCCGAUGGAUUUAAGGAGGAGGUAGGUGAUCGUGCGAUGAUCAUACCUUGGUNUUACUCUGGUCACAUCGCCUGUCAUUUUUACCGUAGAAAUUAA